CCCCGCUGCUGCAACACUUCCGCCUUCAGACUCUCCGCUCCUCUCCUCUCUGACUCGUCGUCUCUUCUCUUUCCUCUCUGACUCAGGUCCUCUCAGACUCGUCGUCUCUUGUCUUCUCUCUUCUCUGACUCGGAGUCUCUUCUCUCUCCUCUCAGACUCGUCGUCUCUUGUCUUCUCUCUUCUCUGACUCGGAGUCUCUUCUCUCUCCUCUCAGACUCGUCGUCUCUUGUCUUCUCUCUUCUCUGACUCGGAGUCUCUUCUCUGACUCGGAGUCUCUUCUCUCUCCUCUCAGACUCGUCGUCUCUUGUCUUCUCUCUUCUCUGACUCGUCAUCUUGGGUCCUCUCAGACUCAGUGUCUCUUGUCGUCUGUCUCUUCUCUGACUCGUCAUCUCUUCUCUGACUCGGAGUCUCUUCUCUCUCUUCUCUGACUCGUCGUCUAUUCUCUGACUCGGAGUCUCUUCUAUCUCCUCUCAGACUUGUCGUCUCUUGUCUUCUCUCUUCUCUGACUCAGUGUCUCUUGUCUUCUGUCUCUUCUCUGACUCGUCAUCUCUUGUCUUCUCUAUUCUCUGACUCGUCUCUUGUCUUCUCUCUCCUCUCUGACUCGUAAUCUCUUCUCUCUCUGACUCGUCGUCUCUUCUCUGACUCGGAGUCUCUCCUCUCUGACUCGGAGUCUCUUCUCUGACUCGGAGUCUCUUCUCUCUCCUCUCUGACUCACACUCUUUUGUCUUCUCUCUUCUCUGACUCAGUGUCUCUUGUCUUCUGUCUCUUCUCUGACUCGUCAUCUCUUCUCUCUAUUCUCUGACUUGUCAUUUCUCUCUUCUCUGACUCGUCAUCUCUUCUCUCUCUUCUCUGACUCAGUGUCUCUUGUCUUCUGUCUCUUCUCCGACUCGUCAUUUCUCUCUUCUCUGACUCGGAGUCUCUUCUCUCUCUUCUCUGACUCAGUGUCUCUUGUCUUCUGUCUCUUCUCCGACUCGUCAUUUCUCUCUUCUCUGACUCGGAGUCUCUUCUGUCUCUUCUCUGACUCGUCAUUUCUCUCUUCUCUGACUCGGAGUCUCUUCUCUGACUCGUCAUCUCUUCUCUCUCUUCUCUGACUCAGUGUCUCUUGUCUUCUGUCUCUUCUCCGACUCGUCAUUUCUCUCUUCUCUGACUUGGAGUCUCUUCUCUCUUUUCUCUGACUCGGAGUCUCUUCUGUCUCUUCUCUGACUCGUCAUUUCUCUCUUCUUUGACUCGGAGUCUCUUCUCUCUUUUCUCUGACUCGGAGUCUCUUCUGUCUCUUCUCUGACUCGUCAUCUCUCUCCUCUCUGACUCACACUCUCUUGUCUCUCUCAUCUGCCUGGGAGUCAGGUAUAUAAUGUAUAUGUCACAUGCGUGUGAUGAUCUACUCUGUAGCUCCUCCUAUGUUCUGUAGUUAUUCUGUCCGGACAUUUCAUCAGAUGUUUUUCUCUUCACUUUUGCUUUGUUUGUUUCGAGCGUGCGCUGAUGCUGUGUGGACGUCGUCUUUGAUGUCUGUGAACCUGGAAUGGCUUUGCUCUGUGUCUGUGCCUUUGUUGUUAUUGGCUGCUGUCCCCACCGUGGGACCAGCGAAGGCAUCUGCAUCCCUGCUCAGUGAGCCAGGUCCGGCUUGUGUGGAGUGGUGGAGCCUUUCCCAGCGCUCCAGUCUCUGACUCCACGUCUCGGGAUCCAGCAUGUCCGUGUUGCUGCUGCUGAGUUGCGGCGUCCUGCUGCUGGUCCAGGCCUGCGGCGCCUCCCUGACCAUCCACCCGCACCAGGCCGACACCUCCGGGCCUCCCUGCGCCUCCUGCGCCGUGGCUCGCCUCCGCAGGAACGAGGCAGCGGCGCAGCAGCAGCAGCAGCAGCAGGAGGUGGUGGAGGCGGUGAAGCGGCACAUCCUCAACAUGCUCCACCUGCAGGAGCGGCCCAACGUCACCCGGCCGGUGCCGCGCGCCGCGCUUCUCAACGCCAUCCGCAAGCUGCACGUGGGCCACGUGGCCGAGGACGGCAGCGUGCUGAUGGACGGAGACCCCGAGGAGCGGAGGGGGGCGCGCGGGGGCGGAGGCGGCGAGGCUCCAGAGACCAGCGAGGUCAUCACCUUCGCCGAGGCGGGCGACUCCCCGGACGUGGUGGACUUCGCUCUGGCCGCCGACGGCGCGUCCGUGGUGCAGCAGGCCGAGCUCUGGCUCUUCCUGCGCCUGUCCAAGUCGGAGCGCAGCCGCGCGCGCGUCUCCGUCGGCCUGUAUCAGCAGCGCCGGGCCGCCGCCGGCCGCCAGGGGGAGCUGUUCCUGGCGGAGAAGAAGGUGGACACGCGGCGCAGCGGCUGGCACACCUUCCCGCUGACCCCCGCGGUGCGCGGCGCCCUGGCGGCCGGCGGCGCCCGCCCGCGCCUCAGCCUGCGAGUCUCCUGCCCGCUCUGCGCCGAGGCGGGCGCCGCGCCGCUCCUGCUGGCGCCCGCGCGCCAGCACUCGCACCGGCCCUUCCUCAUGGUGGCCGUGCGGCAGGAGGAGGAGGAGGAGGAGGAGGGCGGCGAGGCGCGGCGGCGGCGGCGCAGGCGCGGCCUGGAGUGCGACGCCCAGGUGCGCGUCUGUUGCAAGAGGCAGUUUUUCGUCAACUUCAAAGACAUCGGCUGGAGCGACUGGAUCAUCGCGCCGUCCGGCUACCACGCCAACUACUGCGAGGGCGAGUGUCCCGCCCACGUGGCCGGCGCGGGCGGCACCUCGCUCUCCUUCCACUCCACGGUCAUCAACCACUACCGCCUGCGGGGCUACGGCCCCUUCCAGGACGUGCGCUCCUGCUGCGUGCCCACGCGCCUGCGCGCCAUGUCCAUGCUCUACUACAACGAGGAGCAGAAGAUCAUCAAGAAGGACAUUCAGAACAUGAUCGUGGAGGAGUGCGGCUGCUCGUAGGAACCGCGGGAGCAGCGACUCCUGCUGGCCGGCGGCGGAAACGCAGCGGUACUUCGACUAUGCAACAGUCGGCUUUGCGUUUUACAACCGACAGGAAGUUCCGCCCGAGCGCGUGCGUGAGACUCAAUACUUGAAAAGGCUCAGCUGCUGGAACCAAACCUUCGUCACGUCUCGCCGUGUGGGAGUCGCUGCCGCCGCGCGCGCGCGCGCAGCUCCAGAGGCUCCGGCGCCGCUCACGCGCCCCGGGGGUUAUUUAUUCAUGAUAGAAGCACAAACGUCACUGCUCCUCCGCAGGGAGGCUCCGCUGGACCUCCUCACGUCUCUUUCCGUCCCGUGGUGGCGUCUUUGGUUGCAGUUCACCAAAGAGCAGCGCGCGCAGCCUGGAGAGACGCGGCGCCACCCGUCUGCGAGGCCCCGGUGGAUGCGCUCAAGCGCCUUCUGCUCCUGUAAAUAUUCGUGUCAGCGUGUUGUGACUCUUGAAAAAACCUAUUUAUUGUUUCCUGCUCCACCAUUAAAGCUGAUCCUCAGCCGAGUCUGACGUGUGCGCCAGUUGUGAUGACGUCACGUGACGAGCUGGACUGAGCGCGCAGGCGUUACCAUGGCGACCAACAGCCUCGCAGGCCAUCUGUGCGUGUGCGUGUGUGCGUGUGUGCGGCGUCUCUCCGGGGUCCACCCACACACACGCGGCUCACACGCGGCUCGCACGCGGCUCAGAUGGUCCGUCUGAGCCCAGACGCCGACUCCGGAACCCUCCCAGAUGUUGGGGGCGGGGUCACAGAUCAAAGGAACGCCAGAGACCCUGGGAUCAGGAAGUUUAUUGGCUCCUCUCAUCUGAGCGGGUUCUGGGCCACCACGCCCGACUGCAGCAGCUCCUCGAUGACGUCAUCGUCGUGAGACAACACUUCCCGAAGCACUUGCACGGUGUGUUGGCCAAUCAGAGGAGGGGGCGUCGGCUCGGCCGGCGGAGCGCCGCCGUAGCGCACGGCCGGACCUGAAACCACAGUGGCCGGCUUCAGCGGGGACCGGCCCGGACGCCACGGUGUGGCCACCUACCUGGGACGCGGAUGGCGCCGGCGGUGGGAUGCUCCAUCUGCUGGAUCAGCUGGUUGUGCUGCACCUGCGGACCAAGCCCAGUGUGGUCAGGUCACCUGCGACUCGGAGACCCGCGUGCUCCAGGACCAUCUGCUGUCACCCCUGUGUGUGUGUGUCCUGUCUUUGCCCACUUGUGCGGACCCCACAAGGUCAAGCCUGAGUGUUGAGUGAAGGUCGUUCUCACCAGGUUCGAGAGUCCCCACAAGGGCAGAGAUACAAGCCCGCGCGUGUGUCACAGGUCAUCAGAUCAAGGGAGAAAAACAAGCUGGGAUCCUAGUUUUGUUUUUCACAUCCCACUGCUAAAAAUAGAAGCUGUUGUUCUGGAGACCCCGCCCCCAUCAUGGCACCCUCCCCAUGGGAAAGUAUGCGAACACAUUCCGUCUGUGAAAAGAGCCGAGCGCCUGUCACCUGACUGGGACCAGGACCAGAGCAUCAUCUGGAGCCACGUCAGACCCAGGGGCUGAUCACACUACAGGCUCUGUCUCAGGUCGCUCCGAGUCUGUCAUCAACAACCACCUGUUUACCACCAUGGCCUUGACCUCCUCAUUUCUCUGUCACACAUGAUGAGUCGUGGUCACCUCAGAACUGAACGGGUGACGGAGCUGAGCCGCGGCGGGAACAGAAUGUGGCGUCUCACAGCCAAAACUAAACAUGAAAGAGUCUGGUCAUGUUGGUUUUACGAGGAAACAGCAGAAACUAGCUGCGUAAUGCGGCGCGUCUGGAUGGGUCCACGCUGCUCUCACCACACCUUGAGCACAGUGAGAGAGAUGACUGAGGAUGGAGAAGGUGUCAGUCCAGAUCCAGACGUCAGAGAUGAUCCAUGAAUGGUCUGGUGGUCUUCAGAAAACCUUUCCUCCUCACUGUCCUCCUCAUGCAGUGACAGCUGCAGAUCACAGCAGUGAGAACAGUGACUGUAGAGCGCAGCGUGAUCCACUGAAGCAACUCUGUCUGUCAGUAACAUCAGGUGUUGAUCAGCCUAAUAAAGGAGAAAACACCUGAGCUAUCAAACCCCAGCACACACCUCCAGUCCCGGAGCACUGUGCUCCUGUUCCCCAGCACCAGUCUCCUGCAGCUGAAGCUGCUCACCUCAGUGUUGUGGGAGUCGGAGAAGUUGGUUCUGAAGCAUGUCGUGCGCCCAGACAGCCAUCAGACCCUUGACUGCCCGGCACCUAUCAUGUUGGUGUGGAGUCACGCUGGACACCUUGUUUCCAGCGUCUAACGCCCAGUCGCCUGAGGCCAGAAGCUCACCCCCCGCGGAGAGUUCCCCGAGUCAGAGCGCAGGUCUCCAGCGGGGAUCAGGUCCGAGUGGCUUGUGUUCACGUCUGGGAGCUCUGUCUGGAGACAGAGUGGCCGCGUGGCGCCGCCCUCACAGAAGGCUCACACGAGCUGCGAUGUGAAGACGCGACAGACGUGACUCACUCACAAACACACAGCCGUGACAGUGACCAUGACUCCAUCCAUAUGGAGGAGGCGCUGCCACACACACGCCUUGGUUUUCCUAUCCUGGUGGGGACAGUGUGAGGACCUCCUCUCCUGGCCAUGGCCCUUUCCCCGGCCACUCCCCCUGAACACACGGCUCACCUGGACCAGACUGGGACCCAGGUAUUACAGGUCACAGAGAGGCAGACGUACCUGUGGGUGUGAAAACACCUGCUGCAUGCUGUUGAUUGGUCCGACAGAAACUCCGGAGCCUUGGAAAGCGCGGAUCCACUCGGCUGUGGUCUGCUGCACAAACCUGCCGGGACACGGAGGGAGGGAGGGUGAGGCCAGCGGGGGGCGCUGCGUCUGCGUGCGUGCGGCACCUCUGCGUCAGGGUCCGGAUCAGCUCCUUCCUAUUGGCCACCCUCAGGUGGUUGCUGGUGUAGUCGGGGUCCCGGGACAGAUCUUCCAUCUGCAGAACCUUCAGAGGACACACACACACACAUGCUGGGAGGAGGCGGAGCUGCGUCUUGACGGACAGGUGCCUGAGCCAUGCACCUACUUGGCACAGCCGGACAAACUGCUUGUCAUUCCCCGCAGCGACCACCAGGUGUCCGUCUCUGGUGGGGAAGCUCUGCAAGACAAAGGCGGGUGGGCGGCUGGUGACGGGCGGGUGAGCGGCGGCGGCGGCGCACCUGGUAGGGUACGAUGCUCUCGUGGGCCGAGCCCCAGCGCUGCGCCUCCUUCCCGGCGUUCAGGAAGUUUGCCGCGAUGUGGCUCAGACAGGAAACCUGCCAGGACACGAACCAGACGCCAUCGCUCAGCAAGGCGGAGCCUGAGGGACCUGCGGCAAACCUCCAAGCAACUGGCUGCCACUUUGGUUCAGGCUCCUGGGCCAGGUGUUCCGGGCGGCUCGCUUCAGGGCCCCACAAGGAGAGCGGGACAGACGUCUUUGUGUGUGUGUGUGUUAGCUACGUGAGCCAGUAGAACCACAUCAUUCAGAGCAGGGGCAACCAACAUGGUCCUCACAGAGACCACCAUCAUCUUCAUGUAAUAGACGUCUUAUCAUGUGACAUGUUGUGACUGUGGUGAGCUGAGACGUGUCGGGUCACACACAGAGGUCAGUGAGGUCGGUGGCAUCACACAGUGAAGGUUCUGGCCCUCAGGACCUCAGCACAGACGCGGCUCCCACCUGAGACGACAGCAGGUUGCAGUCGAUGUGGACGCCGCCGCCGCCGCCGCCGCUCCUGUGGCGCUGCAGCAGCGCCGCCAUGAUGCUGCCGUGGGCGAACAGCCCGGUGGCCAGGUCUGUCAUGGCCACGCCAGGGCGCACGGGCUCGCCGCCCUGAGACGCCACACGAGGAUGUGAGACACGCCGGCCGUACCGAGGUCUGGAGCCGGUCCUGACCCACCUCAGGUCCAGUGAUGAACAUCAUCCCCGACACGGCAGAGGCGAUGGAGUCGUAACCCGGCGACUGGGCCCACGGGCCGCUCUGACCGUAGCCUGCACACACGCACUCUGCUGACCUCCAGUGGCCGGCGUGGGGAGGCGCCUGACUCCUCACCUGAGAUGGAGCAGUAGAUGAGGGAGGGGUUGGAGUGCAGGAGCUGCUGGAAGCCCAGGCCCAGGUGGGACAGCUUCCCCGGGAGGAAGUUCUCCACCAGCACGUCACACUCUGCAGCCAGCUGC